AUGACGUUAAAUGUGAAAGGAGAGAAUUAUCCACUUGAGGAUAAUGAUUUACUUCGAAUACGUGUUGAUGUCUCAACGACUUCACCAGGGCAUGAUCAUUAUCAUUCAUUUGAUACUACGGGUGAUGAUAAUAACAGCGAAUAUCAUCUGACGUCAGGACGAAAUGUAAAACGGUCACGACGCGAAGAAGCGGCGCUGUUUUUGGAAAAAACAUAUGAACUCUUGGCUCAUUGUCCACCCGAAGUAGCAAGUUGGACAACCAAUGGGGACAGUUUUGUGGUUAAACAACCGGCUGCUUUUGCUGAACACGUGAUUCCGACGUACUUUAAACAUCGUAAAUUUAGUUCAUUUGUUCGACAAUUGAAUUUGUAUGGAUUUAGAAAAGUACGUGCUGCAUCUACGGCAUUGGAGGAAUCGGAGAUUCGAGGUGAACCGGAAGCUGUCGAGGGGAAUUCGAGUCCAAAGGAUUGGUGGGAGUUUCGUCAUGAACGAUUUGUAAGGGGCAGGAGAGAUUUAUUAUGUGAAAUUAGAAGACGAUUACCGAGUGAUGCAAAGGUCUCAACUUCUCCUUUUGGAGCGGCUUAUACACCAGUGGAUCGUGUCGAGCUUGAUGAAUUGAGAGCGGAAGUAGAAGGUCUGCGUGAAGAAAUGCGCAAAAUGAAGACAACCAACCAGCACCUUAUGGACCUCUUGCAGACCUUGCUGCAACGUUGCGGUCGAGCGGAGAACGAGGAGGGGAAAAGCAGAAAUCGACUUGAUUUUUUUCAGACUGCCACGUAUACGGACUCUCCUUCUGUAGCACAGAGCCAAUCCAAAGCUCUGCCAUCAAUAAAUUUGGCCAGUGCAACAGCUAGUGCCAGUGUCACGGGACCACAACUAGCCUUACUGCAGCUACGUCAAGGACAUCAACCAAUAGGUACACCGCGUGACGUUAGGACACCUCGAACUCCGGCCUCGGGGUCUUUUCAAUUGCGACCAGUUCAGACGCUGAUGAUGAAUGUCAGUCCGAACAGUCGACCGAGUCCAAGACCCAGCCAUAAUUACGUGACCAGGCCUCCUUCGUACAGCCGACAGCAGCGGGAGCAGAUUAAUAGGCACCAGCAGCGAUGGUACGAAAGCGCCCCAAUUAGUCACCCAUCUCCGACAACACACCGUUCGCCGCUAAAGCGGCUUCGCGUAGACUUAGCUACUUCUGGUACGGACCCGCAGACAUGUUACGGCGUUCAUUCUCCCGAGGACGUUGCGGUUCGUGAACUAAGCCGCAUUGCCAAGGAGAUUCGGACCGAUCUGCUAGCUUGUAUUACUGCGCGCGUGACAGGCUUCUUACGCGUCCAUUGUGACCAAAACGAGCCAACAUGUGAAGCUGAUGCUGACGCAGUGGGAGAAGCUGUGGGAUCCGAUAUCCGUUUGAAGCUUGCGCUGUUACAGGCAUCAACGUCUGCGGAUCCGAUGCUCCUAGAUUUGGAGACAACUUGCAUGUAUCGUAUAGAGAUCCUCAAGUUCAUUUCUCGCGAAUUGCCGCGUGCUGUUCAGGAAGCCGUAGACAGGAGGAUACCGGAAAAACUAAAACAGCGCUCAGCAAAAGAUCGGUCUCUGCUAGCACUGUUAGUACAAAAGGCACAGAAAGCACUCGAACGUCAAAUGCAUACGGAAACUGCAGCCGUCAUUGCAGGACGUCGUUGA